GGAAAAUCGAUGCUUAGCAGGUGAAUUCUUCACCAGCUCAACUUAGCAUAUUCAAUCGACAAGUCAUCUUACACCACCUCGACACACCUGUAGGCUGCCUUUGGGGGCGCUCAGUAUGGGCUGACUCGAGUGGUGUUCCCUUUUUUUCUCCAUCCAAAAACGACUCGACCUGAUGGACCCGACACCAACCGGAUCCGCCCCGAGGAUCCGAAAAUCCACGAACAUCGAGGACAAGCACGACCGAUUUCUGCAGGAUGGGAAGGAAGUCAGAGGGAAAGUCGAUGCCAGUGGACAAUGGGUGAAGUUGAAGAGCAAGCACUACCUUCCCGUGAAGGUCGGGAACAUCCAAGUCCUUCACGUCGUCGACCCCAAGGAGCCUGCCGCGGCCACGCUCAGCCCAGAGGUUGUGCCGGUGCCAGUGGAGGAGGAUGAAACCAACUUUUGGUUCACUUGUUGCGCCGGCUCUGCGGCCGUGGCCGAGGGCAAUGAUCUCCACGUGACGCCUGAGGAUCGUGGAAACUAUGGCACCUUGGACGGCUCAGGUGAUGUGCUGACACCGGUGGUGCUCUCGAAUGGUAAGGUAGCUCACACCUUCCCGCAGCCACCCAGCUCAGGCACUCGGUCUGGAGCACCUAAGGCCGUCCCAAACCGAGCUCAGGCCGGGGUGGUUGAUUUGCCAAGGCAUAUCUCCAACCCCAUCGAUCCUUUCUCAGAUAGAUGAGCCGCGCUGAGCGCGCGAUUGCUUCGGUUGCUGGCGCCGAUGGUGAGGCCGAAAUAUCCAACAGGUGCGAGUUCCGUGGACGGUGAGAGUUGCGACCCUCAUUCCCGGACGGACCUCAUGGUUGACAUCUCCACCAGAGAGGUGUUCAAGUGCUAUAGUCACUC